CGGCGAGCCAAUCCACGCGAUCCACAAGUUCAACCACCCGGCAUCGGAUGCUGCAGGUGCUUGAUAAGAAGAAGGAAGGGCAAGAUAACCUAUAUAACAAUCAAGGCUCGACCACCUCUUAGUUAAGCCGGCCAAGCAUACGCAGAUCGUUCAAAAUGGCCAUUUCUAAGACUAAUGGGACUCCUGUCUCGUGGAAGCAGCUUGGCGAGAAGAAGCGCCAGGACCUGCAAUCAUCCAUUCCCGAGGAGUGGCUGAUUCCUGCCCAACUGCUUCCCCCAGAGUCGCAAGACGACGUGACCGCCUGGCCGGAAACUUCAGGCUGGUUUACAGCCGAGGAGCUCGCCAUCACAAACUUGACUGCUGCCGAGUUGGUCCCCAGACUUGCUUCCGGGCAGCUCAAGUCCGAGGAUGUCACCAAGGCCUUCUGCAAGCGCGCUGCUGCGGCACAUCAGCUGACAAACUGCCUGGCUGAGACCUGCUUCGACCGUGCUCUCACAACUGCGCGAGAACGGGACGCUUAUCUGGCACGCACAGGAAAGCCAGUGGGACCUUUGCACGGUCUGCCCAUCUCGCUCAAGGACAACUUCAAUCUCCAGGGCCUCGAUGCUACAGUAGGCUUUGCCUCGCACAUUGGCAACCCGGCUAAAGCCGACUCUGCACUCGCGGCGGUGCUCGAGGACGCCGGAGCCGUGUUUUACGUCAAGACCAAUGUUCCCACUGCCAUGAUGAUCGCGGAGACAGUUAACAACGUCUUUGGGCGAACGAUGAACCCGCGAAACAGGCAAACAACUAGUGGUGGAAGCUCGGGUGGAGAGUCUGCUCUCAUUGUUAUGAAGGGCAGCCCUCUCGGCGUCGGGUCUGAUAUUGGCGGAUCUCUUCGUAUCCCUGCAGCAUGCACGGGUAUCUUCACCCUCCGACCAUCCGCUGGUCGAUUCCCAGUGCGCAACUGUCGUUCCGGAAUGCCCGGCCAAGAGGCGGUACAGUCGGUCAACGGGCCGCUGGCGAGCACCCUCCACGACGUUGAGCUAUACAGUAAGAGCGUCGUCAGUGGACAGCCGUGGCUACGUGACCCCAAAUGCCUCCCGAUUCCAUGGAGAACUGUUGAGCUCCCAAAAAAGCUGAAAAUUGCAGUCAUGUGGCACGAUGGCAUGGUUAAGCCCACAGCUCCAGUAGCUCGCGCUCUGCGAGAAACAGCACAGAAGUUGGAGGCUGCGGGCCACGAGCUGAUCGACUGGGACCCCGUGGACCAGAAGCAAGGAAAUGAUCUGUUGGCACGCAUGUUCGUGGCAGACGGAGGUCUUGCGAUUCGAAAGGAAUUGGAGCGUACCGGAGAGCCGUUCAGGCCAGAGAUGGAAGCAUACGCCGUCGCCAAGGAGUUGGGAACUUACGAAAUGUGGCAACUGCACCUAGAGCGGACUGAGUUCCAGAACCGCUAUCUUGACCGUUGGAACAAGGCCGGAAUUGAUGCCAUUCUCUGCCCAACUAUUCCGUUUAACACGGUCAAGAACGGAAAGUUCCAGCAUGUCGGUUACACUGGUGUUUACAACGUCCUCGACUACUCAGCCAUCUCUUUCGCAACUGGAUUCUCGGUCGACAAAAAUAUUGACAGGAUUGACCCCGGGUACGAGUCCUUGGGGCCAAUUUGCAAGGCAAUCAACGAAGAAUUUGAUGCCGACACUAUGCAUGGGCUACCAAUCAGUCUCCAACUUGUAGCUGGAAGAUUGGAGGAGGAAAAAGUUAUCGCAAUCGGCAAACAGGUGCUAGAGGCUUUGGCAUAAUGAGGAUGGGAGAGACUCGAUGCCCUAAACGCAGAGUAGAUUUAUAGAGAGCAGCCACAGAGCGCCAUAGAUUGUCUACCGCUUCAAAUGACGUUUAUUAAUUACGUUAGAAUAUGUUGCACCACC